AUGAUCACGUCUAGUCCAUUAUUUGAUAUUAAUCAAUUAACAACUGAAGAACAAGAAAAAUUUACUAUUGUUUACAAUGAAUUACAACCGAAUUAUACAUCUUAUCUUCAAUAUAAACUUAAUUUAGAAUUGGAUACUAAAUUUGAGAGAGAAGAAGAAGAAAAUGAAUGGCAUUAUGAAUUACAUAGAUUUCUUCGAGCUAGAAAAUGGAAUGUACCUCAUACAAUUAAAUGUCUUGUCGAAAUGAUAAAAUGGAGAAUGGAUAAUCAUGUUGAUUUAGUACUUGAACAUAAACCUACAUCUGAUCGAGUGAAUCUUCUUCAAAAAAUAGUUCCAUUUGUUGAUCAUGGUUAUACAAAAACUGAUCGACCAUUAUAUAUUGAAAAAUCUGGUCUAUUCAAUGUAGAUAGAUUACUGAAUAGUUUUCAACCAGGAGAAUUAAUUCAAUGUCAUAUAUAUUGGCUAGAAUUGCAUUGUCGAUUAGCAAGAGAACGUAGUCGACAAACAGGAAAACAUAUAGAAAGUUUUGCGUUACUUCAUGAUUUAAAUGGUUGUAAAGUGGAGAUGAGAAAAGUACUUCCUUUAUUUAAACAAUCUAUUAAUAUCGAUGAUACUUAUUAUCCUGAACGUCUAGCACAAAUGUUUCUAGUAAAUCCACCAGCAAUUUUUCCUAUUCUUUGGAAUUUAGUAAAACAUUGGCUUGAUCCAGUGACCAAAACAAAAAUUGUAGUUGUUAAAAAAGGUUCUGAUAUAUCAACGAUACUUUUACAACAUAUCGAUUCCGAUCAACUACCUUGCGAAUAUGGUGGUAGUUGUCAUUCAUGUUCAACAGCACCCGAUUGUAUUCCAGUUUAUGAUUGGAGUAAGGAUAUUAAUGGUGAUAAAUGA